GGGGAGCUUCGGGAAACCUCAGUGCUCUGAAGCCUCUAUCUCCGCACCUCCUGCUACCUCGCAAAUUCCCGUCAGCUAGCCGCGUUUUCUGCCGCUAUGAGUCUCAAGUUCAGUCACUCUGCCGGCCUCUCCCGCCUUUUGGGCUCUCUGUGCGCGCUGCUGGCUCUGAUGCUGCUCACGUCGCCGGGACCCCUCGUCAGCGCUGCUCCUCCCGCUGCUGCCGUGGUGAGAGAGCUGCGUUGCAUUUGUUUAAGCGUCACGCCAGGAAUUCACCCUAAAAUGAUCACGAAUCUGCAGGUGAUCGCUGCAGGACCUCAGUGCUCCAAGGUGGAAGUGAUAGCAACCCUGAAAAACGGGAACGAAGUCUGCCUGGAUCCACAAGCCCCUUUAUUCAAGAAGGUUAUCCAGAAAAUUUUGGAAAGUGGAAACAAGAAAAACUGAUGAAAAGAAAGCCCCAUGCAUUGGAAAAAACUGCCCAGUCUUCAGCAGCGCCGUUUUCCAGGGCUGAGUGGACUCUGUGAAGAUGAGAAGGAAGGGUUCAUUUCUCUCUGGUCACCAGUUUUCUUCGUACAUUCUGUGCUUUGAAGAGGGUGGGAGUGUCUGUGUUGGUCCUUAAACCUUUCUUCUCAGCUUAUGAAGUAUUUAGCCUAGCAUUGCCUGCCUCUUGCUAUCAUUUAAUCUGUUAGGUUAUUGGAAUCUUCAGCAUUUGACUAAAUUGUGAGCCAAGAAUCACUGCUGGUUCAUCUGAAUUGAAAGUGACUAUUGUAUUUCUAGAAUAUAUUCCUUAUAGUGUUACUGAAAAGGCAGUGGCUUUAAUAUGAAAGUGAUGUUUCUUUAGAAUGCUGUGGGAGGGAGAUAAACUGUUAUCUUCACUCUUCUUGUGAAAUAGGAAAUAUUUUAGUAUUAUUGAGGAGGGAUAUAUUAGAGAACUUUCUUAUUUUUGAUGCUGGGGUGGUAUUUAAGUUGUAUCCUGUUAUAAAGCAAUACAUACAAUGCCUCAUGCAAUUAUCUAAGUAGAAUAUAUUUCCUUAUUUAGGAUUUUUAAAAUAUUUUAAGUUCUAGGAGGACUAAUAUAUUCUCUUCCUAUCAUUUUAGACAUUUGAUGUCUUCUUCGUAUGGCAUAGUGUCAUGACUUACUCAUUAAACUUUGAUUUUAUAUGCUAUUUAUUAACUAUUUUAUUAGAAGUGAUAUAGCAAUGGCCACUAAAUAUAUAUUUUGAGUAGAUGAAGAAGCUAAGAAGUAGAUAAAGCCCUGAUUUCCAGUUUUUAUAGAAAUGCGUCGUGUAGUGUUUUUUUUAAAAGCAAACUUAAUAAUUGUACUAUGCAAGUUUUGAAAGCAUAUUCAAACUAUUUGAACAUAAAUUCAUUAUUUAGUUAUCAAAAAUAUAUGGCAUUGUAAAGAUUUGUAUAUGCCUAUGGUGUGCACCUUUUAAAGGCUUUGAUGGUUGUAUUAUGUGGAAUUAUGUAUGCAUCUCAUUCACUAUAUUAAAAUUGUGCUUUUUAAUCCA